CCCCAGUCUCAAUGUCGCAGGUCACAUAGCUGCGCGUCCCUACCUCUGGGUCUUUUGUGUUCGCGCAUAGCUAUUUCUGUUGGAAUAGCGUCCCCCACCCCAGUUGCAGCUUGGAGCUUUACCGCACCGCACCGCAGCGAGUCUCUUCACCACCCAGCGCACCUCACGUCCAGCACGGGGAAUUUCAUUGCGUAUCGCAGAUCGCCGUCAACUGUACCAGCCAUGCCUAAGAGAGCCCGUUCCGCUUCUGGGAGCCGCAAGCCAGCGGCAAAGAAGGCCAAGCCGGCAGCCAAGAGGAAAGCGCCCGCCGCCGCAGCCGCCGCCGCCCCGCCUGCCAAGAAAGCAAGGCCCGCCAAGGCAAAGAAGGCACCCCGCAAGAAGGCCGCCAAGCCCAGGGCCAAGCCUGCGAAGAAGUCCUUCAAGAAGAAGGCUGGUGGAAGGAAGAAGUGAAGAAUGGAUCCUUAAAGAUUCGGACUCUGUCCAGCUUUGUGUCUGCGACAGAUUUUGUUUGACUGUGUGAUGACAACGACUCUCCACAAAUACUAGUAGAUGUAUAUUAGACAGUGUUUUGAAGAUGUACUUUUCUCUAUUCCUCUUAAAUGUCUUCACGGCAACUGGUUGCCACGACCAAAUAUACAGAGAUGUAUUUCAAAGUUAUCGGUAUUUUUCUGUACUGUGGAAUGUAUACUGAGGCAACUCAGAAAAAAGGACCAAUUUGCUCCGAUGGAGUAAACGACUUGUUUGAUAUGUGGAAAGAGAGGAGGAGGAUGUAGGGCAGGUAGAGGAAGUGAAUCUGAGGUGUGUAAAACACGAAGAGUCAAAUGUGUGAGAAGGUAUGAAGGACAAGGAAAGGAACCAUAGAUGAACGCUCUUUGUCAUCUAGUAUCAAUAGAAAGUCUAGAUCUAUUCCCUCUGUGUGCUAUUAUUGUGUUUAUUUAUUGUUUGGAAAAUCUCUCUAUCAGUGCCCUACCAUUGUACUACCCGUGUCUUUCAAAAGGAAGAUAUUUCGUAGACUUCUCUGUAGACCAUGUCAACUUUUGUAAAAUAAAAUCAAAACGUAGUUUUACUACACAUAA